UUCUGACUAGAACGGCCUAAGAGUGAAAUACUGUUUAACCUCUUUUAGUACAUGAGACAGUAUUUCUAAGCAAUUUAAUGUUUGUACAUUGAUGCGUAAUGUGAAAUGGUAGCUGUGCAUUUGUACGAUUCAACAAUUUGUCGAUUGUGCGCAGCGGACAAUGGUAAUGAGUUGUUGUUCGUCAGUGAACCGGGUGAAACGGACUUGAGUUCAUUGGUGAAUCGAUAUUUGCCGCUAAAGGUUCGAGAUGAUGGCAAGUUACCAAGAACAAUUUGUCCAGGUUGUAACAUCCAACUAGAGGCAACAGUUCAAUUUUUACAACUAUUAAUAAAUGGACAGCAAAAGUUACGAGAAAUGUGGAAACAUGAAGUGGAACAAUAUAGAACUGAACGUCUGCAAGAUAAAAGAGAAAAUACAAAUAAUAUAGCUAAGUAUAAUGAGGAUGAUCAGUAUGAGCAACAAAUUAUUGUUAAAGUGAUGUCAGAUGGAUCUAUGUAUGCAGCAGAACAUGAAAUGAGUUUGCAAAUGGAAGGUUUAACUAAACCAAGAAGAAAACGUGGACGUCCACCUAAAGUACAUACAGAAGCAGAUACUUCGGAAACAAAAGAAAAUCCUAUAGAAACUGAGAAUCAAGGUAUAGAGGGUAAACAGGAAGAAAUUGAGGAAAUAGAUGGUGAUAGAAGGUGCAGAAGAAAACGUAAAGUUCCUAAAAGAUAUAUGGAAGCAGUACAAGGGAAGGAAUUGGAAAGAAUUUUUAAAGAAGAGGGUGUAAUAGAUGAAGAAGAUGAUGAUCUUGAAAUACGUGAUGAUUCUGAAGAAGCAUUAAAUUCUUCUAUUCAGGAAGGGCAGGAAGAAGUAAUUGGUCAUCUCGAAACGGAAGAGGGUAAAGACUUGGGUGAGUUGGUAGUCGUAAAUCGUGUACGAGCACGAGGAAAGACGAAGCUACACCGACGGAAAACCAAGUUCACUUGUCAACUUUGUGGCAGAGGUUUUCUGCAACGCAGCAGAUUCAUAGUACACAAGAGCUUUCACAAAAGCGUGAAGUAUGAGUGUACACAAUGUAAGAAGCUCUUUACUAGCAAGGAUAAUCUGGCGUUACAUCAGAAGACAACUUCGCACAAUUCGAAUUCUGUAAGCGAGAAUGCCGAAGCGUUGAAUUUGCUGGAAAGAAUUGAGAUAACCAACGCAGAACAGGAUACUUUGGCAUCAACAACCGAGAGAAACAAGUUGGAUAAAGAAUACCCAUGUGAUAUCUGUGGCAAAAUUCUAAAUCAUCCCAGCUCUGUCGUAUACCAUAAGGAGGCCGAACACAACAACGGACGUCGUUUUGUUUGUAACAAAUGUAGCAAGAGCUUCAAGCAUAAACAACUACUUCAGCGUCAUCAAUUAGUCCAUUCAGAUAACCGACCAUAUGUUUGUAAGUCGUGUAAUGCCAGUUUCAAGACAAAGGCAAAUUUAAUUAAUCAUCAGUCUACUCAUACGGGUGAGAAAAAAUACUUCUGUGAGAUUUGUGGUCAACAAUUCGCACACAAGACUAGUCUCACAUUACAUUACAGGUGGCACACUGGUCACAAACCGUACACUUGCGAUGUAUGUCAAAAAAGUUUUUCUCAAAAUGGCAAUCUGCAGGAACAUAUGCGCAUUCAUACUGGUGAAAAGCCAUAUUGCUGCGAUCAUUGCGGCCGCAAAUUUACCACAUCAUCCCAGUUUAAAUUGCAUGUGAAACGGCACACUGGCGAGCGCCCUUGGAAGUGCGAGUUUUGUGCGAAAUGUUUCUUGCAUAAAGACACUUGGAAGUGUCACGUGCGACGACAUAAGGGUGAACGACCGUUUCAAUGCGCAUAUUGCAAUCGUGGAUUUACCGAACAAUGGGCACUAAAGAAACAUGUUCGCUUGCAUACUGGUGAGAAACCUUAUUCCUGUGAUCUAUGUGGUAAAGCCUUUGCUGAUUGCUCGAAUUUAACAAAACACAAAAAGGUACACAGAGAAAAUAAGGUUCUAACUGUGGACGAUUCGGGAGGAUCCCCGAUUGGCGAAGUGUGGCAAAUUUUACCGAACUCGCAAGAGACUGACGAACAAACACUCGUCAACAAUCAAAUGGCGCAGGUCAUUACAACCGAUGAAGCGACCACCGACGGAAUUCAACAGAUCAUCUAUGUUUCCUAUCAAGAUCCUGAUGAUCCUAAUCAAUCACGAACAUUGCAUUUCGUCGAUACUAGCAUGAUAAGAAAUAAGGAAGGAGUAACAUCGGAUGCAAACUCAUUGCCACGUCUAGACGUUGAAAACGAUGAAAUAAAUGCCGAUAAGAAUGCAAGUAAUGUAGCUAGUAAUAAUGAGGAGCAGUCGGAAAUAGAACUUUCAGAAUCGGAUUUGCAGUUGCAGAUUACAGAUGAAGAAGGUAAUCCCAUUCCACUGUCAAUUCAAGAAGCUCGACAACUUCUUUCUCAAGGGCAUUUUAUUAGUCAAUUGAGUGAUGGCCAGACUAUUCGUGUUCAUUCUGGAAUGCUUACGCAACAGUUGCCACAGACUUUAAACAUUCAUGUUGAUGAGGAAACUGCUGUAACUGCCGCCAUGAAAGGAGAAGUUUUAACUCGUCCGAAUGCAACCAAAAGCGUCGAAACCAUGUCGGUAGCACAAACUGACGCGGAAGCAAUCGUUAAAGCUCUUGAAGAUGAAAACACAGAUGCGACUGCAGUUGCGACAAUUAAUCAAUUGGAAGGGGGAAUCGUAGACAAUGACCAUACUAUAGAAUUUACAACCCAAGACGGACAAAAAGUUCGUGUUUUGACAUCGUAUCAUGUUGAUGGAAUGCAGCUCACUCCAGAGUACCUGACUAUUGUACAAUAGACAGAAACAAAAGAAAUAGAUAUAAAUAUAUAAAUAGGUACAUAAAUAGGUGUAUGCAUAUAUGUGGUGUGUAUGUACGUUUAUUCAGAUGUGCAUGUGGUUUUUUUAUAAGCAUUUUCAACGAUCAAAUCAAUUUUUUCAAUUUUAACAAGUCAUUGUUUUAAUAUUAUCGAAUUAAAUAUAUACGACUGUUUAACGAUAUUUAUCCAGUCUAGGUGACUUGAGAGUGACUGUGGUUUAAAUUGAUAAACUUGUAACUUAUUGUGAAAAUUUAAAGCUAAUAUCUGUAGAUAUUCUUAAGGACUGCAAUAUUUUAAGCAGGGCAACAUGUUAAAGGACAUCUAAAGACAAUUUUGCAAAUAUUGUAUAUUAUAGCAAUUAUAUGUAAGAUAAACUUUUCGUAAA